CUCUCUCUCUCUCUGUGCUGUAAAUUUUUUUUUUUUUUUUGCUGAAUCUCUCUCUUUUUUGUAAAUUAACAAUCUGAUAUUCUCUCCAUACAUUCUUGUGGUUCAAAAAUAUAAUAAGGCAAAGAACUUUUGGAGUGUACAACUGUUUCUUCAGCUCUGGUUCUAGUCUAGUCCAAAAAACAUGGACCUUAGUGAUCUUAACAAGGUUUGGGAAAUCAAACCUCUGAAGACGAUUGGGGAGGAUGAAGCCAGAUUAAUUCUUGAGCGAGUUGCCAAACAAGUUCAACCAAUCAUGCGCAAACGUAAAUGGAAAGUCAAAAUCCUUUCUGAAUUCGGUCCUGCCAAUCCGUCACUUCUAGGGCUGAACAUAGGAGGAGGUGCUGAGGUUAAGCUUAGAUUGCGGAGGCCAAACAGAGAAUGGGAUUUCUUCCCUUAUGAACAGAUUCUUGAUACUAUGCUUCAUGAGCUUUGUCACAAUGAGUAUGGCCCUCACAACACUGAUUUUUACAACCUCUUGGAUGAAAUUAGAAAGGAAUGUGAUGAACUGUUAGCUAAAGGGAUUACAGGCACUGGGAAAGGAUUUGAUCUUCCUGGGAGACGUUUGGGUGGGUUUUCUUAUCAACCCUCUUUGGCAUCCUUGCGGCAGACUGCCUUGGCCGCAGCAGAAAACAGAGCCCGGCGUGGAGCUCUUUUGCCAUCAGGACCUAACCGUGUAGGUGGUGAUAGUAACAUUAAGGCAGCUCUCAGCCCUAUACAAGCUGCAGCCAUGGCUGCAGAAAGGAGACUACGUGAUGAUUUAUGGUGUGGGUCCAAGUCUUUGGAGAGUAACACUGACUUGGACAAAGGUAUUGGAUCAUCUUUAGGGCCUUCUGAAAGGUCAAUAGAUAUGACAUUUUCUGAUGGUGUAUCUACCCGAACUUCCCCUAUGGCAUCCAUGCCUGGUCAGGAGACGGUAGAUGGCCAAGCAACAUGGAAAUGCAACACAUGUACUCUUUUAAAUCAGCCCUUGGCACUUACAUGUGAAGCCUGUGGAACACCUAAGCACAAGGAGACUGCUAAUUUCAAGGUUUGGUCCUGCAAAUUUUGUACCCUGGACAACAAUGUUAAUGUGGAGAGAUGCUUAGCUUGUGGAGAGUGGCGAUAUUCGUACGGUCCACCUACCUCUGCUCGUGGACCCUAUGUUGGCACUUGACUGCACAUAGAUCCUUAGUUUUGAAAGCAAACUCUGUUCUAAACAUUUUAGCUUAUGUACAUAAUACAAACAGAAAAAAAAAACUAUUAUAUUAUGUUAUUUUACUUUAUGUACAUAAUACAAACAGAAAACAUAUAGUAAAAUAUUAAUGGAACGUUUUAUUUUCCCUCU